CGUCACUUUCACUGUCCAGUUAAUACAAGAUCUGAAAACAGACGAUCACACAACAAAGACAAAAGCAAUCUAUAUCCAUGGAUGACUUCUCCGCGGACAUAAGGUUCUCAGCCUUCGAGAAGCUCGCAACACUAGCAGUCCAAUCCCCCGCGAGCGAUGAGGAAUCAGAUAUCGCGCGAUUAUCUCGACAUUACAAGCAGUUGGUACACUGCUCGAGUGGAUUGAACGGUACUUUGAGAUCCCAAGCCCCAACAUCCCGGGUGCCCAUGGGCAUUCGGGAACUAGAUGUUCUUGUGGCACUAUGCAAAGCAUCCUCGUCGGUCAACAGGCUUGAGCAUGCAUCCAGGCUAGUGAUGCAAUUAUCCCAAUACCUUCCUGAAUCACACAGCCAGCUUUUCCGCCCGUCGCCCUUCUUGCACAACGUAAAACCGUCACCUUGGGAGGCUCUGACCUUCAACAUCACCUCCGCUCUUUUAAGGCUCGGCUUAGAGUAUCCUUCACUGCAUGACAAGGUCGGCAUUGCUGUCAAUGGAUAUUUGGAUAAUUGUGCAGAGGCAAUCAAUGUUGCAGUGCCAUUGCUGAAUUAUGGGUCGGGGGCAGAAAAGCAGGGGGCUGUUCAUGAGUCUGUCGGUGUUCUUUCGAUCGCUGUCUCUCUUGUUGGCUUCUUAGAAGCUUCGGCUAUGUUUACUCCGUUUUGGGACGCCACGAAACAGCUGCAGAUACUCCAGCAACUGCGAUCAAUUCUGUCCGAGGGAUUCAUGAUUGCCGUCGAGACUGCCUCAUCUACAGUACGUCACGCAGGAACAUCAGAACAUGGACUCAGGGAUUGGAGAAAAUACACUCGGCGGUAUUCUGCUGAUGGACGACCCUUAGGAGCUAUGCUGCUGCAGGCCGGUCUCAUGCAAUUCGUUAAAGCUUGCGCUACAUCUCUGGUUGGUGCGCAAAAUUGUUCGGAUUCUGAGCUUCUUGAUGACUAUAUGAACGGAGUUGGUAUUGCUAGAAGUCAUGACGAGGCCGAGGUUAAUCUUCUCGACUGCCUAACAGAAGCCAUCGCCGAUCAAAUCCAGCUUCUGGAUGAUGGAUCCGAUUACCUACAACUCGGCUCACCCUUGCAGCAAAAGCUCGCUUUUUCUGUCAAAGCAUAUGCUUUCAUCGGUUAUCUUCAAUGUGUCAUCCUGAGUGGAAAUAUAACCAAUAGUGAGGAUUUCCAAGGUUGGCUAGAGGAUGUACUCAUGGAUCCGAACCAAAUGUCUUGCUCCGAACUAGCAACUGCUACUUUGAAAAGUAUAGCGAUUGUUGCAAAAAUGUCUUUGAGUGGGGCCGCCUCUGGAAGUCGCUCACUUCUACGGUACAUUGUCGAAGGUGGUGUGUCCAGUCGAUCUUCUAGCGCCAUUUCUGCGAAGUGCCUUGCUCAAGUUCUAGGAAUCCUCUCACAAGACGCAGUUAUCACUACGCUAUAUUCGCUGGGAAAUGUCUUGAGUCCCGGGUCGGGUAGUGAGAACAUCUACAAUGGCCAGCCAGUCACAGAAGCGUCUGGGCAUGGAAAUACCGGUCUCCCUUCGUCCCGUCGAAGAAAUGGUAGCGUAGCCUCCAUCUCGUUGGACGGCGAGGAAGUCAUUCCCUACAGGAGCGUUGUCCAUGCUAUUGUGACGAUUGCGACCAACUGUCGUGAUGAAAAAAUCAGUGCCCUAGCUCAGUCGAUGCUGUUACAAAAGAUCGGGAAAAUCAAUGCGGCUGUUGAUGCAUAUAUCAUCAAGGAGACCGCUUCGCUAUCUUUGAGCACUGGGCAGGCUGAGUUUCAACUCCUCCUCAAAUUUUAUGAUCGUAUCUACUGGGAUGGAGUCAUAAAGGGCCAUGACAACGUCACAAGAGCGGUGCAAAGUGCAAUGGCGUAUCUUUCUGUCUCCCUACAAAAGGAUUCUCCACUCCAUCGAGUUUAUCUAGUACAUCUACUUGAGAGUAUUGUCAACAAGGGUGAUGCUACUGAUUUCGAAAACGAACGACAGAAGGAUAUUGUCCUUGCGCCUAACGACAUAGUUCCAUUGCUAAAACCAUUGGCACUACUUGUAUCUUCCGAAAAAGCCGCGGGAGCCGGCGAAGUGGUCGUGGAGUAUGAUCAAGUUGUCUCUAGUUUGUUCCGCGAUGCUUGGUUCAACCUUGCCAUCCACGGGAUGUCUCUUAGUUCAGCCGUCGUUCAAAAGCAUCACAAGGUGUUGAGAUUACUUGCCAUUUACUCCCCCCCACUCGUCUCCGAAGAUCGCAUGGAGAUGCUAGAAAGCGAUGUUGAGCUUAACACAAUCUUAAGACGAGGAAUGGGACCACAGCGUCAUCUGGAGCAAAAGAAGAUGUUGAUUUCCGAAAUUCCCAGCCGCGAGUCGGACAUUAAACGUCUGAAUUACCCCAGAUCCGUUUUUCUCAACGCGGUCUUACUGAUUGAAUGUCUCCGUGCUUCAUCCGGGCAUUGCACCAAAAUUCUGGACUACUUUCGUGAUCCGGCCGUAGCCACUUUUGAAAUGGCUAGUUGCAUGGGUGACAUUGCGGAAAAGAUCAUUUCCGACUACCUUUCUCUAACUCUUUCGGGCAAACAUGAGAUUUUUUCGGUUCCAUUCUUGUCAAAAGAGUUGGCCGGAUUCUUUGUGGCCUGUUGUCAUCGCAUAGAAAGGGUGCAAAAUGUCGCUGUGGUUUGUGCCAACAAAAUAAUAAACGAGUGCCCGUCCGCAUUAUGCGCAAAGCAUUCGCUUUUUGCAUUACUGGAACUUUUAACUGUGAUGUGGAACUCCUGUCUUGAAGAAGAUAUGGAUGAGUUUGAAUGGAAGCCUUCAUUCACCUCGCCUAUGGGAAUUGUCACCGUUGACCUACCCGAUAACUACGUUUACCGAAGGAAGACCUUGAACGUAUUCCUUGAGCGAGCCACAGCAUGGGUGACAGCCGUGAUGAACGUUGCACCGUUAGACAUAAAAGGCCUACUCCAGACGUAUCUAUCUAUGCCCGAUGACGGAACUGGCUUCGGUCAAGUUUCAAUGGGCCGUUCCUUUGCAGUAAACAUGGGCUCGCUUAUUCCUAAAAGUGACCAGCGAUUGGGAUCUCUGGAAACGCAUACUGUGGGGGUAACUAACGUUGCCUCCGAUUUCAUAGGCCAGUACUCUACACGUCAAAAGUACCGAUUCUCAGAUGCGCUUUCGGUUGGGAACGGCAGGCUGGCGCCAGGGAACAUCGGACCCAAUGUCUCUACUAGUUCAAUCACUCUUUCGGAGUCAAGCAGGGAAAUUGAGAGCGUGCUAUCCGAACUUCAUCAAAAGGUCAAGCAGCGAAAUGACAUGUCCCUUGUGGAAAUACGCGAUACACUGCGACGUGCGGCCGCUGUUCUGUGCAGUAGCAGCCACCCUCACCCUUCCAUCCCCCAUUACCUAGUAUCUUUGCCCUUCGAAACUUUCUCCGAGGAGUCGAUAAAUAUGGGCAUUUCCCUUUGGAUGGGGGCCAUCCAUGAAAACCCAAGGGUAGAGCCGAUGGUCCUGGUGGAAGUGUUGAAUGCCUGGGAAAGGACGAUCGAACGUAAAAGAGGGCUUUUUGACCCCUCUUUCGAUUACGUGGAUCCAAUGUAUGCUAAAAUCGAACUUUUGCCAACCGACAAGGCUUUAAUUCUCAGCAAACAACAAGAUGCCCAAGCUCAUUUAGCACCACAUCUGCACAUUCUGCGGUUUUUUGAGAGCCACUUCAGUGCGAUCCGAUUGGGGAAUGCGCAAAGUCAACGGUUGUUUUGUCGCCUUGUUGACCGAACAACCGCAGGUCUUGCGCAAACCAGUGGCCACCCCCUGGCUAGAGAGUUACACUUUCGCAUUGUUCUUUUUGGCCUGAACGUUUUGGGGCAUUCUAACUCAGUUGGCAUGCCCUGUUUGUGGAAGCUUAAGGACCAGAUUCUCUCUGGCGCCCUGAGUUGGUUUAAGCACGCUCCCAGAUGGUCCUUUGGUGGUAAUCGAUUACAAAUUAAGACCGAGGACAAGAUACUUGGUGACGUGAUCUCUACCUUGGGAACAACCGCCAGCAUUUCAUGUGACACACAUGGACCGUAUAAGUCCCUACAGGCAAAGCAAAACCUUCUUCUUGUCCUCUUGGAGAACGAGAGAUCUCGGCUCAAGGUUUGGCUGUAUCCGUUGGAUCCGGAUCGGAAGCAUUAUAUAUCUCAGUCGCCCACUAAUAGGAACCAUACGGAGGAGGCUACGUCUUUGCUGCGACUUGCUUGGGCUGAAAGUUCUGGCUUAGCCAUUCAACUGGCUACCCGUUUCCCAUCCAGCAAGCUGAAAAACGACAUUCGUUGGCUAUUGCUGAACUUCCCCGAGAAGGUCAUCGAUGAGCCUAGCGGCCUUGAGAUCAUGUUCGGGGAAGCGCUGCCUGCGGAUGUGUCGUUCCAAUUAAAGUAUCUGUUGUAUUGGGCACCUGUCAACCCCACAGAAGCUCUAACGUACUUCCUUCCUGCGUAUGGCAAUCACCCCUUCAUUUUGCAGUAUGCUAUGAAGGCCCUGGAAAGCCAUCCAAUCGAUGUCCGCUUCUACUUUGUUCCGCAGUUGGUCCAGGCUCUUCGAUAUGAUGCAUUGGGCUAUGUGGAGCGCUACAUCCUGGAAACAGCCAAACUGUCUCAAUUAUUCGCGCACCAGGUGAUAUGGAACAUGAAGGCAAACUCCUAUAAAGACGAGGAUUCCCAAGUGCCGGAUCCACUCAAACCGACUCUGGACAAAUUCAUGGACGACUUGGUGGCAAGCUUUUCCAGCGAGGAGCGAAGCUUUUACGAACGUGAAUUCUCCUUCUUCAAUGAUAUCACCGGGAUAUCUGGCAAGCUUCGACCGUAUAUUAAAAGGAGCAAGCCCGAGAAGAAGGAGAAGAUCGAAGAAGAACUCCGUAAGAUCAAGGUGGAGGUUGGCGUUUAUCUCCCGAGCAAUCCGGAUGGAGUUGUUGUUGGGAUCGACCGCAAAUCCGGGAAGCCUCUGCAGAGCCAUGCGAAAGCGCCGUACAUGGCGACAUUCCGCAUCCAAAAGACAAAGCCUGUUGCACUCGGACCCACCACCCCGGUAGCUCAUGCGCCAGAUCCGGACUCUGCGGAUGACCGGAAGCAAGAGACCUACGAGGUUUGGCAGUCGGCCAUCUUUAAAGUCGGCGAUGACUGCCGCCAGGACAUGCUGGCUCUACAAAUGAUUGCCGCCUUCCGCAGCAUCUUUACGAGCGUUGGGCUGGACGUUUGGGUGUUUCCCUACCGGGUCACCUCGACCGCCCCUGGCUGUGGUGUGAUCGAUGUCCUCCCCAAUUCAAUCUCGCGCGACAUGCUCGGCCGGGAAGCGGUCAAUGGCCUGUACGACUAUUUCGUGUCCAAGUACGGCGGGGAGGAUUCUAUCCGAUUCCAGGAAGCACGCACCAACUUCGUCAAGAGUAUGGCGGCUUAUUCGGUCAUCUCAUACCUCCUGCAGUUCAAGGACCGGCACAACGGAAACAUCAUGGUCGACGAUGCGGGCCACAUCAUUCACAUCGAUUUCGGGUUUUGCUUUGACAUUGCCCCGGGAGGGGUCCGCUUCGAACGCGCGCCGUUCAAGCUCACAUCCGAAAUGGUUGCCGUCAUGAGCGGGUUUGGUUUGGCCGGUGGAGGAUCUCACAAUCCUACAACGACCCAGCCCUACCGGUGGUUUGAGUCGCUGGUCGUGAAGGCCUUUCUCGCGUCGCGCCCCUACAGCACCCGACUGUCGCACAUCGUCUCCUUGAUGCUCGACAGUGGCCUGCCCUGCUUCAAACCCGAUACGCUGAAGAACUUCCGUGAUCGGUUUGCCCUCGACCGCAGCGAAAGGGAAGCGGCCGAAUACAUGCGGGAGCUAGUCCGCAAAUCCUAUAUGAGCGUUUCCACCAAGGGAUACGACCAGUUCCAGCUGCUCACGAACGGUAUCCCGUACUAGAUAGAGUAAACCAUAGUUUAGAUAAUCGAGUUCCGGGUCCUCCUUCCCAUCAUGCGUGUCCACCUUGACGUCACGACUUUCC